AUGCGUCUCCCUUCCCCCUUUGACCCUAAACCUUGGCCUGAAGCUGACAUCGCUUUCUUGUGCGAAACUUUGCGCGUGUGGGGGCCUGACUUGCCUCUCUUGGCGCAGCGCCAGCGUGAUGCCUUGAAGGGCAUCUCUAAGGCCGUUGCACCACUGCAGAAAGCUUUAUCUGAGCUGCUUGGUGGGUCGGCUAAGAAAGUUGCUCCUCAGAAAAACCCUGCUUUCAUUGCGGCUGUAACUGCCCUCCUCCGCUGGCCCGACUUAACACAGGCCCAGAGCUUUGUUUUGGGGUUUCCUGUCGUUGGAGAUGUCCCAUACUCAGGUGUGUUCCGUGCUCUUGCCGGCACUGCAGACGAUAUGGAGGACCCUGCAGAGUGGCUGCAACGUGAGGGCGCUUCAGUGGUGGAUGACCUCUUGACCAAGGGACCUCCCAAGGAUCAUGACGUUAUCCUGAAAGUCACGCUUGAAGAAAUCCAGAAAGGCUUUUGCAGUCCGCUCAUGUCUCGAGCAGAGGUGGACAAACGCUUUGGGCGGGGCCGAUGGAGGCCCCUGGAGCGCUUUGUGAUCACCCAGCCGGAUGGGAAGCAAAGGGUCAUCGACAAUGCCCGAAAGACCGGUCAUAAUGCCCAUACCUACAUGCUGGAGACCAUUCAUACUGUCAGUGUGGACUUUGUUGCAAGCUGUGUCCGGGAUGUUUUUCGGACCCUCUUCUCAAAUUGCUCUGACGCGGUGCCUCCACCCUGCGACUGGAUGGCGGUGCGCCUCGGCACGGACGACCUUCCUGAUGCCUACAGGGGCACCCAGUCGAUGAUGACCAACUCCGCUUUAGCGUGGUUUCCAUAUGGAUCCCAGGCUCUGGAUGGAUGCCUCUACUGGGCAUCGCAGCCUGCAAGCGCAUUCUCUGCUUUCACCGCCGCUUACUUCGAUGACGAGCUUUCCCUCGAGUUCAUUCGUGAUGCCGAUGUUUGCCAGGGAGGCCUCCACUUGGUUUUCUCUCUCAUGGGCUCGCCUCCUCAGCCUUCUAAGCGCUUCUGGGCUUCAGCUGACAGAUGCUACCUUGGCACGUCUGUCCACGUGGGAUCCGCAAACUCCUUGGGAGUGCGUGUCCAGCCCAAGAUUUCGUCGGUGCAGAAAGUCUGUGCUAAGCUGGAUGCGGCUUUGGAAUCUGCUUCGUUGUCCCGAGAUGAGGCGGGUAAACUUCGAGGUGACCUGCAAUGGCUUUUUGCCAGCUGCAACGGCUCUGCGGCUCGGUUUGCUGCGCCGGUGCUACAGCGGUGCCAAUAUGGCGACAAUCCUCGACUGGAUCAACGGGAUCUACUGGUGCUUCGGGCGCUGCGAGAGAUGGCGCAGAUGGCUAUGCCCCGGGACAUCUUCUUUUGGGCGCCACCUCAGCCCUCCACGCUGGUGUAUACGGAUGCCUCUUUCGAAGCCAACAAGCUGCGUCUCGGGUGGGUUGUCUUUGCACAGCCACCUCUCAAGCCGAUUGGUGGUACUUGCGCUGUGCCUCAAGCUGUGCUGGAAGAAUGG